UGUUUACGCAGCAACGGUCCGGAAGAUGUCGCUCAGGCUGAAAAACUUCCGCCUUAAGUUGUAAAGAAAACAUAGCAGCUAAAAGGGGAAAUCGACGGCAUAACCAACUCGUUUAAGAAGUCAGACAAAAGAUGCAGCUGUUUAUCCCUUCCGAAUACCAAUUCCUACGCCCAAAUCUCAACCUAAACCCCUCAGUGGUGUAAAGUUUAAAAUCUUAAUACCUCACUUUAAGAAGGAAUCAUUUUGAUCAGGCAAUAAAAGGCCAGGGGUUCAUGAGUCACCACUCUUUGGCACAUGGUAAUGGAGUGAUUAUACAUUUUAAUUUAUAAAGCACUUACAAAGACACUGUACAUAGUCAGUUUUGAGUGUGAUGGGUUUGUUCAGCCUUGAAUAUGUGUGGGGAGUGAGUUCCAGAGGGAGGGGGCAGCUAUGGAAGCUAAGGCUCUGAUCCCCCCCCCCCCCCCCCCCAGGUUUGGUGCUUGGUUCUGUGUGGUGGUGCCAAACUCAGGUUGGCAUUUUAAGAACAGAGAUUACUGGGAGGGGUGUGACAGUGGAGGAGGUUAUUGGGGUAGGAGGGGAACUGCUGGGUAAAGGCUUUGUGUGUGAGGAGCAGAAUUUUGGAUGCGGUACGGGACACGGAGCCAGUGGACAUUUUCAAUCAAUCAAUCAAACUUUAUUUAUAUAGCACCUUUCAGACAAAUUCAAUUGCAGUUCAAAGUGCUUAACAAGAGUGCAGAAAAGUUAUUGAGGAAAAGUAGUUUAAAAGUAGUUUAUAAAAUCAUUGACAGCAGUGAAUUGCAGGACAGCAGUGAAUUCUUCGGGAGCGGGUGUAGAAGGCGGGCUACAGAGUUCUGGAUUUAUUGGCUGAAUCAGUUUAAUUCAUAGCUGGAGCUGAACAUCAUCCGGUGCAGGCACCUGUUUUAAAUGUGGACUGGUCACAUCAUAGCCAGUACCCAGUUUGUGCCAUUACUGAUACAUUGGACUAGAUCUGGAAAUCCCUACUAGUAAAAAAGAUGUGUAAAAAUAAAUGAUUAAUACCUACAUGAUCGGUGUACAGGAGCCUACAAGGGAUGCUCUUGACAUUCUGGAGCUUGUGUGGAUUUCAGAGUGUGUGUGAGUGUGUGUGGGUGAGUGUAUGUGUGAGUGUGUGUGAGCUGCAGAUUCCUCCUCACCUUUUCAUCUAUAGCCGCUCCUCCCUGGAGGAUGACAAUGGAGGAGAUGAAGAAUGAAGCGGAGACAAACUCCAUGGUAUCCAUGACACUGUACGCUGUGAUGUACCCAGUUUUCAACGAGCUCGAGAGGAUCAACUUAUCAGCAGCCCAGACACUCAGAGCAGCCUUCAUAAAGGCGGAGAGGGAGAACCCCGGCCUCACUCAGGACAUCAUCAUGAAAAUCUUGGAGAAAAAGAACGUCCAAAUCAACUUCACUGAAUCCUUACUGCGCAUGGCAGCCGACGAUGUGGAAGAGUUCAUGAUCGACCGGCCUGAGCAGGAGUUCCAGGACCUAAACGAGAAGGCCAGAGCCCUGAAACACAUCCUCAGCAAAAUCCCCGAUGAGAUCAAUGACAGAGUACGCUUCUUACAGACUAUCAAAGAUAUAGCCAGCGCCAUAAAAGAGCUUCUGGACACAGUCAACAACGUCAUUAAGAAAUAUCAGUACCAGAAUCGCAGAGCCCUGGAGCACCAGAAAAAGGAGUUUGUGAAAUACUCCAAAAGUUUCAGCGACACCCUCAAAACAUACUUCAAAGACGGAAAGGCGAUAAACGUCUUCAUCAGCGCGAACCGACUCAUCCACCAAACCAACCUCAUAUUGCAGACCUUCAAAACCGUGGCCUAGCCCUCAGAGACCACCGAGCCCCAUCCUCCCCAUCCUUUCCCCCCCCCCCCCCAUCCUGUGGGGAGAAACUGCUAGAAAGGUGGGAGCUUGAAGAGCGCCUGACCUGUAUAUGUAAAUUAGACAGAGUUGAUUUUAGGGUUGGGGGUCAAUUCCAUUGACGUUGAAAUUCUAGAUUCCAGUUCAAGAGACUGAAAAGUGCCAUUUGUUUUUGUUUUUUAAAUGUGGAUUUUCCAGUCUUGAAAUGGAACUGAAUGGGGCCCAAAGUGUUGGUUGAUUGAUUUUAUUUGGACAGUUUUAAUUUAUAACCCUGGUCUUGUUUGGAGUAGGUGAGGCGAGGUGUUUAUUAAAGACUAAUUGCCAUUUUUCUAAUGUAUUCAUGUUAAUCAUUUUACUUUUAGCUUUUCAUUCAUGGCUACACUUCUCACACAGCAUUCAGUAGGGGUGUGUCCCAGUUGUCUCGGCUCCUUUUUCGUGUCAUUUUGCCAUGGUCUGUGCACGCAGGAUCUAGCUGCGGGGAGAGAAAGCAGAGAUGGACAUUUUAGAGGCAGACUAAGAUUUAUUUUUUCUUUAUUAUCAGAAGACAGAAAGCCAAAUGACUUCGAGCACAGUGUGCGCCUUAACAAGUCCUCUAACAUUCCCUCCUGUCAGUUUAAUGGAAGCCUGUCCCUGCUGCUGGGGGAUGUAGAGAGAAAAUUGACAGUUCUGUAUUUAACUGAUAUCUGGUUGCAAAUGUUCAAUAAAUAGUUUCCAAAUGA